AUGAGAGGGCCGUUGGGGCCUGUGAUAGGUAAGUACCCAUCAUCAAGUGAUGUGAAUGGAGUUAAUGGGAAUGUGAAUAAUGGCGAUAUCAUAAAGCACAACAGGAAGUGCAGAGAUUUAGCGUUUCUUGUCAUAUUCAUUGCGUUUUGGGUGGCAAUGAUUGUUAACUCAAGCUUUGCUUUCAACCAAGGAAACCCAUUGAGAAACAGCUCACUUCAGCUUCAAGGCCCUUGUUAUCCAGUUAUAUUUCCUAGUGUCAAUGUUUAUUGGACUUGUCAAUUCAUUGCACGUGCUUCGAAUGUAUCUUUGACUCACUGGGAGCAAAUGGGUGGAGUGAAAGUCAUCGAGGACAUUGCAAUUGAUAAAUCCAUCCACAAAUCGAUUAAUUCCCGAUCAUCGGUACUGAAGAGAUAUGUGGCUGAUGUUGGGAAAGCAUGGCCCGUGCUGCUCGUUUGUGGGGGAUUUUUGCCGCUGUUUCUAUCGAUUAUAUGGCUUUUGAUGAUUCGUCAUUUUGUGGCGGGAAUGCCGUGGAUUACUGUUGUUGUUUUCAAUAUUCUCAUGGUAUCCGUGACCAUGUUUUAUUAUUUGAAAGCUGGAUGGAUUGGAAAUGAUGCAAUUUCCCCAAUAAUUGGCGAACACAACCCGUACUAUCAUGUAUCUGCAAGGGAGAUAAACCACCUUCAUGCUGCUGCAGUUUUCAUGACAGCUCUGAUGAUUGCGGCCUUUUUGUCCUCUAUUGCUAUAGUCCGCCGUAUUCUCAUGGCAACAUCAGUCCUCAAGGUUGCUGCAAAAGUGAUUGGAGAAUUACAGGCCCUGAUAAUCUUCCCAAUCAUACCAUACACCAUACUAGCUAUUUUUUACAUGUUCUGGCUAUCGGCUGCUCUUCAUCUUUUUAGCUCGGGAACUGUAGUCCAAAAUGACUGUAGUGCCAAUUGUUGUGCCUUUGAUCUCAAAACAAUGAAGCUGAGCUGUAAUAGCUGCUGUGGCUAUACUGUCCACUACACGUCCCAUAUAGCUGUUGCUAUCCUUUUCCAUCUGUUUGGUGGCUAUUGGGCCACUCAAUUCAUCAUUGCAUGCUCGUCUACUGUUAUAGCUGGAUCGGUUGCUUCAUAUUAUUGGGCUCGUGGAGAAAUCUCGGUGACUUACCAAACUUCACAAGGUUGCUUGAGGUUUAUCAGUUGCAUCAUCAAGUCUGUGAACCGUAAUGCUUAUAUCAUGAUUGCAAUAACCGGAAAAGGUUUCUUUAAAGCCUCUGAAAUUGCAACAGAGCUGAUUAUGAGUAACAUCCUUCGAAUUGGGAAAGUGAAUGUGUUAGGGGAUGUCAUUCUUUUUAUCGGGAAGCUUUGUGUUAGUCUUACAAGCGCGCUCUUUGCAUUCUUGAUGUUGAACACUCAUAAGUACAAUUCGGCACAUAACAAGAUCUCUUCACCUCUAUUCCCUGUCCUGGUGUGCUGGGGAUUUGGGUACAUUGUGGCUACUCUCUUCUUUGGGGUUGUUGAGAUGUCAAUCGACACCAUAAUUCUCUCAUUUUGCCAAGACUCGGAUGAGCACCAAGGCACGGCCCAAUAUGCUCCUCCGCUGCUUAUCCAGACUCUCGACGAUCAAAACGAGAUGCAAAGGCUGACCCAAUGA